CAGAACUGGAGAAGGGUGGAUAUAUCCACCACUCUCUCUUCAUCUCCUGAACUUGCCAUAGAAUCGGUGUGGUUUGGAAAGGGCCUUAAAGUUCAUCCUGUUCCAGACCCUGCCAUGGGCAGGGACACCUUCCACUAUCCCAGGCUGCUCUGAGGCCCAUCCAACCUGGCCCUGGACACUGCCAGGGAUGGGACAGGCACAGCUUAUCUGGGCAGCCAAGAAGGCCUCACUACCCUCACAGCAAAGAAUGUCUCCCUAACCUCUAACCUAAAUCUAUCGUUCUAGUCGUUUUGCUGCAGAGGGCAUCAGGUUAUCGGGGAUGGAACUCCUGUGUUACCUGUGCUGGCAGAACCCAGUUACCUCCUUGUCCUCGCUGUGUUUGGAGACGGCUCCAGGGGUUAUGGGCUCUGCCGCCUUGCCAGGGAUCGGGGUGAGGCUCGCCAGCCUGGAGCUCCGCACAUCUCGGCUCUCACCUCUGUGUGAGAUCAGGGGGUCGGUCAGGGUAAUAGAGAGUAAACCGCAUCGGGGUGGGUGUGCGACGCAGCGAGGAAGGAGCUGAAUGAAGACACGGAGCGGGGACUGAAGCGGGAGCCGUUCGCGGGGCAGGUCUCGCUUUCAUCAUGGGGGACAUGAAAACCCCUGACUUUGAUGACCUCUUGGCUGCUUUUGACAUCCCUGAUCCAACUAGUCUCGAUGCUAAGGAGACCAUUCCAUCAGCUGGGGAGGAGAGUGAGAAUCACCUGAAGUCAUCGGGAAUGUGCAUCGAUGAGAAUGUGUCCUUAUCCCACUCUCUGCCUCCCUCUGAUGCACCUGUUGUGAGUGUGAUAGUGAAGAACACAAGUCGCCAGGAGUCUUUUGAGGCAGAAAAGGAGGGGAAUCACCUUGGAACUGGUCUGUUACACAAUGGGUUUCGUGGCUCUGAUCUGCCAGCAGAGGCUCAUGCUUUAGUCCAUAAUUAUGGCAAGUUUGAGUCAACUUUUAUUAAUGGUGACAGCUCGAGGGGUUACUCCGAUAAACUGGACGAGUCCAAGUCGGAGCCUUUGCCAACAUUUAGUCAGUUUAGCCCCAUUUCCAGCCCUGAACCGGAGGAUACAUUCAAAGAGAACAGUAUUGGGGAUAAACCCAAACAUGCCCAAACUCCCUAUUUUCCACCGCCUUCAGUAUAUGUACCAACAGGGGCUUCAGUCCUAGAUCAUCUUAGGAAGGUGCCAGAGCCCGAAUUAAGCAUGUUUGAUCAGUACUGUAAAAAGGAACAGAAGAUGGAAAUCCACUGCCAGCCACAGAACAGGCUGGAAAUGAGCAGGAGAGAGCAAGACAGAGCAGUGGAGAGGUUUGCAGAGUCAAGCAAGGACUUGUUAGCUACCAACAGCUUUCUUGGAGAAGGCUUGGUGUUUGGAGACCUCCCUCACAAUAAUUUAGGAGACAGCAAGGGGUCUGUGCCCGAGCUAAACAUGUCUUCGUCAAUACCACCUCGGCAGAGGCUAAAGCCAACCCAUUCCAAGUUGUCAUCCUGUGUGGCAGCAUUAGUAGCUCUUCAGGCCAAAAAGGUUGUGUGCAUUCCAAAAAGCGAUCAGCCAAAUUUUACCAAGGAACCUGGUCCUUUUAAAGACGGGACAAAGGGAAGUCCAAAAAUGCCCAAGUCACCAAAGAGUCCCCGAAGCCCCUUGGAGGUGGUGAGGAAGGCUAACAAGCAGCCCGAGAGUCCUCGAAGUGUGUGCAGCGACAGCAGUGGGAAAGGCUCUCCUUCCAUGGCAGCUGGCUCCCCGCCAGCUAUUCCCAAAGUUAGAAUAAAGACUAUCAAGACAUCUUCCGGUGAAAUUAAAAGGACUGUAACUAGAAUUUUGCCAGAAAAUGAUGAGUUGGGCAAAUCUUCAGAAGAGUCACCUGCGGAAACCUCUUCUGCUGAAGAGCUUAUCAAAUCUUUCCCAUCUCCUGACACCAGUGCAGUUACAGAAAGUGAGGCUGGCAGGAAUUCAACCAAAAACAGGGCUGCUGUGGCUAUCCAGCUGUCAAAUGUGAUGAGUCCUUACUCAGACAGUAUGAAAAUGGAUAUUGCAAACAGCACAUGUACUGUGUCCUUGUCUCCACUGCCAAACUGCGGCAGUGGUGCCAUAAAAGUGGGGGUCAAGAGGCAGCAGCAGGGUACCAUGGUGCAGCCAUCCAACACAAACACCUCCAGCCUUCUUCCCAAAGCUGUACACUUGGCAAAUCUCAACUUGGUCCCCCACAGUGUUGCUGCUUCUGUUACAGUGAAGACAUCAGCACAGAGGCGAAACCAGCCUCAGGUGACACAGAUGUCAGUGCCACUGGUGCACCAAGUCAAGAAAGCUGCUCCCAUUGUCAUGGAGGCAUUCCAUAAAGUGCUGCACAGUGCCAAUCCAGUGCCAAUAUAUACUCCAAACCUUAGCCCCCCGCCUGACACUAGUAUUAAUUUACCUGCUUCUGGGUAUUGUUGCCUGGAAUGUGGGGACUCAUUUGCCUUAGAGAAAAGCCUGACUCAACACUAUAGUAGGCGAAGCGUUCACAUUGAAGUCAUGUGCACUCAGUGUUCAACUAUGCUCCUUUUUUUUAAUAAGUGUAGCUUGCUUAAACAUGCACGAGAUCAUAAGAACAAGGGAUUUAUCAUGCAGUGUUCUCAGCUGCUUAUGAAACCAAUUUCCAUAGACCAAAUGUUUCUACCUUCUUCUACAAGCUCUUCAGCCUCUCCAGCUCCUCAGACUUUGCUCUCGUCCUCUCCUCUACCUAAGUCCAGUGCUGCUUCAGGAGGCGGGGUAGGGAUUUCUGUGAACACUCAGCCAGCCUUGCCUCUCUACACAGACCCACAGAGGCUAAUCCGUCAUGGACUUAAGUGUUUGGAGUGUAACAAGCAGGAGCAGGAUUACACUUCUUUAGCAGCUCAUUACCAGAGAACCUCAGAAGAUAAUGAGAGACUGACGUGUCAAGUGUGCCAGAUGAUGCUGCCCAACCAGUGCAGUUACUGUGCCCACCAGAGGAUCCACGCCCACAAGUCGCCGUACUGCUGCCCGGAGUGUGGAGCCGUGUGCCGCUCCGCCUACUUCCAGACCCACGUCAGGGAGAACUGCCUGCACUACUCCCGCAAAGUUGGCUUCAGGUGCAUCCAUUGUGGAGUUGUCUUCAUGACCCUGGCCAUGCUCAAAGUGCACAUCCACGAGAAACAUUGUGAAGUCUUCCACAAGUGUUCUUUUUGCCCGAAGGCCUUCAAGUCUGCCGAAAGCACCAUGGCUCACGUGGCCAGCCAGCACCCAGCAGAGCCUCACAAGACUACUCAGGUGAUCUACAAAUGCUCUUGUGAGAUGGUCUUUAACAAGAAGAAGCUGCUCCAAGAGCACUUCCAGCAGAACACCAGCAAGCUGUUAGUGGGAGUGUUUAAGUGCCCACAGUGUCAGCUGGUGUAUAUGCAGAAGCAGCAACUCAUGCAGCAUGUUAAGGGUGUUCAUGGAGUCCCCCAUAAUCCUGAAGAGCUCUCAAACUUUCGGCAGAAGUCUGAGAAGGCAUCAAGGAACCAGGUUCAUACCUUACCAAAGGAGCUUUUGGUAGCCAAUGGGACUUCCCCCUCUGCUCUGACGAGGAAAGAGGUGAGGGUGGAAGGACAUAAUCCUGAAUCCAAGUCCAGACUGAGAAGAACUGGUUGGACUUGCAAGGAAUGUUCACAGUGGAUCCCUGAUCGGGAAACCUAUGUGUCCCACAUGAAGAGAAAUCAUGGAAGGUCCAUGAAGAGGUACCCCUGCCGCCAGUGCGAGCGCUCGUUCAACGCCUCCAACAGCCUGCGCAGACACAUCCGCAACAACCACGACACAGCAAAGAAAGUCUACACCUGCUGGUACUGUACAGAUGAAAAUCAGACAUUUCCUCAACCAUUCAUGCUGGAGAACCACAUCAGCCUCAUGCACGGCAUCAAAAACCCAGACUUAUCCCAGAUGGCCAAAGCAAAAACUCCAGAGGGAGACAGAGCAGAAGCAAAGUCUCCCAAGAGGAUGGCAGCGGAUGAGCUGGGUCAGGCAGAGAGCACUGCAGCUUUGGAUGCUCCACCAGCCAAAAAACUGAAAGCCCCUUGGAAAUGUGCAAAGUGCAGCUUUGCGACGGACAGCCGGACUGAGUUCCAGGAACACAUACCUCGGCACAAGACCGACAGCUCCACCUUCCAGUGCUCCUUCUGCGGCCUGUGCUACACCUCUCACAUCUCUCUGAACAGACACCUUUUCAUUGUUCAUAAAGUCAAAGAUGAGGAGGAAGAAGAAGAGGAGGAGGAAGAGGAGGAGGAGGAGGAGGAAGAUGAAAGGCAGAAGUUACAAACAGAGAUGGGUAAGAAUGGACAUGAGGACUACAAUGGCGAGUUGUACACUACAGUGGAAGAGGACAACAAAUACAAAGAGUGCAAAAGUGACUCAGCUCUUUGUGAGCACAGUCAGACGUGUGGCGCAGAAGGCACCAACAGCACCUCACAGAACAAUCAUUCAAAGUCUCUUAAGACUUAAAAGCAAAAAAAAAAAGCCCUUUUGGUUGAUUGGGGUUUUUUUGUUGGAGGGUUUCUACUCAAAAUACAGGGUGGGGAUGGGGCAAAUCUUUGAAACAUUCUGUUGAUUUCUUGGGAUGGAUGUUGCUUUCCGUUAGCUCCUAUUUGUAAGGGAAAUUU